CUAAACACUUCAGUCCUCAAAUAUUUUUAUUUUGUCCUUUUCUACCCCUAAUCCAAUAAAAAUCAAUCCACACACAUCCUAAACAAUAAACAGAGAAACCAAUUAUGGCACAAAUAUUUAGAGAAAUAUUAUUUGAAGAACCAAAUUCUAUAUUUAUCAAAGUUAUGAUAAUGAUGAAUUUAAUAUUUUCAGCAAUAUUGGGUUAUUCAGAAGGCUCAAGCAAACAAAAUCUUGAAUAUUCAAAGUUUUGGAAUUUGAAAUCUCAAGAAAAAGCUAAAAUCCCAAGCAAAAUUGGGAUGAUUAUUGCUUAUACUCCUACUUUAAUUACAUGUUUAAGCUUCUUUUGGAUAUUCCCAAAUGGUGGAAUCAGGUUUUUCAUGCUUAAUUUCGCUAUUACCAUUCAUCUCUUCAAAAGACUUCUUGAGGUUUUGUUUGUGCACAAAUAUAGUGGUUCCAUGGCUAUGAACUCUGCAAUUACUAUUUCCUCAAGCUAUUUUAUAGCCUUUUCAAGCUUAAUAUAUAUUCAACACUUGACAAAAGGAUCAACAGAGCCAAUAAUUGACUUGAAGUAUUUUGGUUUUAUUGUAUUUUUAGUGGGAAUUAUUGGCAAUUUUUAUCACCAUUUUAUUCUUUCUAAGAUGAGGAAAAAGGGUGAAAGUGGAUAUAAAAUUCCCAAAGAUGGCCUCUUUAACCUAGUUAUUUGUCCACAUUACCUUUUUGAGAUUGUCACAUUUUUUGGUUUUUCUCUUAUUAGCCAAACUUUGUUUUCUUUUUCUUCUACCAUAGGGACAUUAUUUUAUUUGAUGGGGAGGAGUUAUGCUACUAGGAAAUGGUACCUUUCCAAAUUUGAAGAUUUUCCUAGAAAUGUUAAGGCUUUAAUACCUUUUGUAUUUUAAAUAAAUUUAUGAGUAUAUUAGAAUUGUUAUGAGCCUA